AUGGGGACACCAGAAGAGUUAGAUCUAAUGGGUUCCACAAACCAAACUGGGGAUGGUUACAUGACAUUCGAGCUGCCCACUACCAGUCAAUUAAAUGUUAAUAGGUGCCUUUGGGCCACUGCUGACCCUCUUGCAGACUGGUUUCUGAGAAACUACGAGUCCAAAGCAAUUUACCACCAAAUCAACCUCACGGGUCAAGCCCCGAAACGCCUCCCCGGUGGACUACUUGCCACAACAGAAAUCUUUGAUUUCAGCUUCAAUGUGCUCCCCUCCCUCCAGAAUUCAACCUUCUCUGAUCUGAAUUCUCUUCUCUACUUGGACUUAACGAGGUGUCAGAUCAGCUGGGUGUAUGAUGGUGCCUUUCACAGCAACAGGCAGCAGAAGAGAGUCAUGCUGAUGGUAAACUUGCUCAUAUUUCUGUCUGACACAGCAUUUGCUGGCCCACGUUUGCUGGAGCAUCUAGCACAGACAGGAAUAACAAGUACAUCCUUCAUUCCAGUGAUAAAUCUUGACAGCUUAGGUAUCCUCAUCUUGGGCAACCACAUCUCUUUACUGCAGCUUCCCUGCAACUUUCCCACUCAAAACCUCAAAUGCCUCAAUUUUCAAAUGAACAACAUACGAGCAAUCACAGCAGAAGAUGCCCAAGCUCUGCAGGAGACCAGCAAUGUAACUCUCAUCCUUAAAGGCAAUGACAUUACAUACACUGAACCUGGAGCCUUUCAAUCCCAUUUCUACGGUUUGGACUUGGUGAGCUAUGCUGACAUCCCUGGGGUCCUGGAGGGGAUACAGAACUCCACAGCCAUGACACUUUGGCUGGGAACAUUUUACGGCGUGGAAAAGGAGCCCUACAUAAGCCCAGACGUUUUACAAGGCCUCUGUAGCAUCUCUGUCAAGGAUCUCUAUCUGCAGUUACAGCACUUUAGAAAUCUAAAUGCUGACACAUUUCAGUGCUUAACCAGGCUCCGAAAGCUGGACCUAACCCAAACCCACAUCCAUGCACUGGCCCCUGGCAUCAGUGGCAUGAGCUCACUAGAGAUGAUUCUCAAUGCAAACUGCUUUGACAGCAACACCAGCUCUGCUGCCUUCCCAUCCCUCACCCGCCUCCACAUCAAGGGUAACCCACAGGUUCUGCAGCUGGGCUCUGGCUGUUUGGAGAAACUGGCAAAGCUCCAACAUCUUGAUUUAAGUCAGAGUCACAUUGAAAGCUCUGACUGCUGUAGCAAAGCACUGAGAGCUUUGAGCAGACUUUGUUACCUGAAUCUGAGCCACAACACACACCUCCAUCUCCAGGACGUGCUCAUUUGGGACAGUGCUAGCCUAGAGCUGCUGAACUUACCCUUCACUCCCCUCUGUAUCAACACGUCACAGAACCCUUUCCAAAAUCUGCAUCUCUUGCAAGUGCUGAAUCUUUCGUCCUCCCACAUUAAUACUAGCAUUCAGCAUCUCUUUCAAGGUUUGAAAAACCUCAUGUUCUUGGACCUUAGUCAAAAUAACUUUGAGUUGGGAAUCAUGCCAAAGACAAAUGGUUCCCUAUCCAAUUUAGAGGUGCUAAUAUUGUCAUCCUGUGAACAGACAGCAAUAGGUAACCAAGUAUUUCACAACCUCAGGAAGCUACAGCAUGUUGAUCCAAGUUACAACAAAUUUACUGCAUUCAGCAGAGAUGCAUUUUCAAAUCUCAAGAGCAUCUAUCUCAGUUGUGCCCAUAACGGGCAAAUCCAUGUCAUACCAGGUGACCAGCUAGUGCCCCCAGAUGGCCAGUGUAUAAUCAAUUGAUGCUACAGCCUUCUGGACUGCCCCUGCUCUAAUAUUGGUUUAAUCACCUGGUACAAGCAAAAUCUGGAUAAAAAGACCCUGAAGGAACAAGGUGCUCUGAACCCAAAUUACUAA